AUGUCUCCACCUCGGCUCACAGGCGCCCUGCGAUCCUUCUCCAAUGUCAGCAAGAAGGAUGACUUUACGGAGCAGCUCUAUGAUCUGAAGACCAAACGUCUGAAGAGACGGGAGCUGUUUGCCAGAGAGGGCCUGACGUGGCACAAGAUUGUCCAUUUCUGUAGUGAGCAUCAGGACAAAGCUCAGCAGCAAGCUGCCAGUCAGGAACUGAAGAGCAUCCUUUUGGCAGCCAAACAGAUCGUGGGAGAUGAACAUGGUCAGGAGGCCAUUGAAAGUGCUGCUGUCUUUCUUUUUGAGACCUUCCACAACAAAGACCAUGUGGGCACUGAAGAGACCCGAACCAUUAAGCAGAUGUUUGGCCCCUUCCCUUCAUCGGCAGCUGAAGCUUCUUGUGCUGCUGUGGCAAAACUGGUGGCUCAACUUGGAGACUCCCAUGUUGAGGACUUUGUCCAGACCCAUUGCUCUCGUCACAACCCCCAGCGAGGCUCAGCCUUUGGGCGCAACAUUGCUUUCUCCUAUGAAAGCUACACAUUAGACCCACUAGAGGACCUGCCCAACUCUGGCAUCCAUGAAGACAAUGUGAACCUGGACUUCAUGAACUUCUUAAACAACCAACAGAGUGGAAGAAAGGCGUCCAGUGAGGAUCAGGCAUCCAGCUCAGGAAGAGCUCUGAGCUCUGGAGAUGAAACAAUCCUCAGAACUGAGGUAGAGAAAUAUCUUAAUGGAGGAAACAUGAUCUCUUCCAGCCCAGAAGAGCUGUGCACUUCCCUGUUUGAGAUGCUGGCUUCCCAUAAGAGUGAUGACGAGCUGCAGAAUGAGCUGUUCGAGCUGCUGGGCCCAGAGGGGUUGGAGAUGAUCUCCACCCUCCUCCAGCGAAGGGCAGCCAUCGUUGACUCCCUCCUCGCCAUUCCACCUGACAGGGCUGGAUACCCACCAGAUUUCAACCGUAAAGUCAGCGGUGAAAUGACCAAACCGGUGUACGGAUGCCAGGUGACAAUCCAGUCCGAGCAGGAGAAGCAGAUGCUGAAAAUGUAUCGCAGGGAGGAGAAGCGAGAGAGGAAGAGGGGGAAAGGCACAGAUGACGGCGAUGCCUCAGAUGCUUUCUUGAACUUUGACCCCAGAGAGAUGAGAGCCCAGCGGGAGCAGGCUCUGCUGACAGCUCGACGAGAACCUGUGUUCAGCAGAGAAAGAGUCUAUGAACGUGUUCGAUAUCCCAAUGUCUAUGACAGCUACGCAGAGGCCACAAAGACGCCUGCAUUUGUCGGUGGAGCCAGGAUGCUGCUGCCCGAGGGAAUCCGCAGAGAGAACACCAAGAUGUAUGAAGAGGUGGAGAUCCCUCCCAAUGAACCCAUGCCUAUUGGCUUUGAGGAGAAGCCCGUCUACAUCUCUGAACUCGAUGAGAUUGGUCAGCUCGUUUUUAAGGGGAUGAAGCGUCUGAACAGGAUCCAGUCCCUGGUGUUUGAGACAGCCUACAACACCAAUGAAAACCUGCUGAUCUGCGCUCCAACUGGUGCUGGAAAGACCAACAUCGCCAUGCUAACUGUCCUUCAUGAGAUCCGCCAGCACCUGCAGCCCGGAGGUGUCAUCAAGAAGGAUGAAUUCAAGAUUGUGUAUGUGGCUCCUAUGAAGGCCUUGGCAGCUGAGAUGACUAAUUACUUCAGUAAGCGAUUGGAGCCACUGGGCAUCGCUGUUAAAGAACUCACCGGAGACAUGCAGCUAACCAAAGGAGAGAUCCUACGAACACAGAUGUUGGUGACCACUCCUGAAAAGUGGGAUGUCGUGACCAGGAAGAGCGUCGGAGAUGUUGCACUUUCCCAGAUUGUACGACUGCUGAUCUUAGAUGAAGUUCAUCUUCUCCAUGAGGAUCGAGGCCCGGUACUGGAGAGCCUGGUGGCCCGGACCAUCAGACAGGUUGAGUCCACCCAGAGCAUGAUCCGGAUCCUGGGAUUAUCAGCCACUCUGCCCAACUACCUGGACGUGGCUUCAUUUCUACAUGUCAACCCAUAUAUCGGCCUCUUCUUCUUCGACAGUCGCUUUAGACCUGUGCCCCUCGGACAGACCUUCGUAGGCAUCAAAACCACAAGCAAGAUCCAGCAGCUUCAUGACAUGGAGGAGGUUUGUUAUAACAAAGUUCUGGAGCAAGUUAAAGCAGGACAUCAGGUGAUGGUUUUUGUCCACGCUCGUAACGCCACAGUGAGGACGGCUAUGGGACUGAUCGAGAUGGCCAAGAACCAUGGAGAAAUAUGCUUUUUCCAGCCAGACCAGAGUUCAGACUAUGGCCAGUGUGAGAAACAGAUCCAACGCUCCAGAAACAAACAGAUGAAGGAGAUGUUUCCUGAAGGUUUUGGGAUCCACCAUGCUGGCAUGCUGCGCUCUGACCGCAACCUGAUGGAGACCAUGUUUUCCAAAGGUCACCUCAAGGUGCUGGUCUGUACUGCAACACUGGCCUGGGGGGUGAACCUGCCGGCCCAUGCAGUUAUCAUCAAGGGUACUCAGAUCUAUGACGCCAAGCGUGGUGCCCUGGUGGAUCUGGGCAUCCUGGACGUCAUGCAGAUUUUCGGACGUGCUGGUCGACCCCAGUUUGACAAGUACGGAGAGGGCACCAUCAUCACCACCCACGACAAACUGAGCCAUUACCUGACCCUGCUCACACAGCAGAAUCCCAUCGAGAGCCAGUUCUUGGACAGUCUGGCCGACAACCUCAACGCUGAGAUUGCUCUGGGGACAGUUACCAAUGUGGAGGAGGCUGUCAAGUGGCUCAGUUAUACAUACCUUUAUGUCCGCAUGAGGGCCAACCCACUGGCUUAUGGCAUCAACCACAAGGCAUACCAGAUGGAUCCUGGCUUGGAGUUGUACAGGAAGGAGCUGGUGUUAGAGUCAGGUAGGAAGCUGGAUAAGGCUAGAAUGAUCCGCUUCGAGGAGCGAACAGGUUACUUCGCCUCCACUGACCUGGGCAGGACCGCCAGCCACUUCUACAUCAGAUACAACACAAUAGAGACCUUCAAUGAACUUUUCAACUCACAACGAACUGAAGCGGACAUUUUAAGUAUCGUGUCCAAAGCAGAAGAGUUUGACCAGCUCAAGGUUCGUGAGGAGGAGAUGGAGGAGCUGGAGCAGCUGCUGUGUAACUGCGAGCUGCCGGCUGCAGGCGGCGUGGAGAACAGCUACGGCAAAGUCAACAUCCUACUGCAGACGUACAUCGGCCGAGGAGAGGUCGACAGCUUCUCCCUCAUCUCAGACCUGUCCUACGUGGCACAGAAUGCCGCUCGAAUCGUCAGGGCUUUGUUCGAGAUCGCCUUGAGGAAGCGGUGGCCGGCCAUGACCUACCGCCUGCUCACCCUCUGUAAAGUGAUAGACAAACGGCUGUGGGGCUUCGCUCACCCUCUCCGCCAGUUCCCCAACCUCAGCCACAUUGUCCUGAACCGCCUGGAGGAGAAGAACCUCACUGUGGACAAACUCAAGGAAAUGAGGAAGGAUGAGAUCGGUCACAUGCUGCACCAUGUCAAUGUGGGGUUAUCCGUCAAACAGUGCGUCCAUCAGAUCCCCUCCAUCACAAUGGAAGCCAGCAUUCAGCCAAUCACACGCACAGUCCUACGCGUUCGUCUCAUUAUCACGCCUGACUUUCGCUGGAAUGACCAGGUCCAUGGGUCAGUGGGUGAGCCGUGGUGGUUGUGGGUGGAGGAUCCCAUAAAUGAUCACAUCUACCACUCUGAGUACUUCCUUCUGCAGAAGAAACAGGUGGUAACAGGAGAACCCAUGCACGUCGUCUUCACCAUCCCCAUCUUUGAGCCGCUUCCCUCCCAGUACUACAUCAAGGCAGUGUCUGACCGCUGGCUCGGCGCUGAAUCCAUCUGCAUCAUCAACUUCCAGAACCUCAUCUUACCCGAAAGACACCCUCCACACACUGAGCUGCUGGACCUACAGCCAUUACCAGUGACCGCUCUGGGUAACGUGGAGUACGAGAGCCUUUACAAGUUUACCCACUUCAACCCCAUCCAGACACAGAUCUUCCACACGUUGUAUCACACCGACACCAAUGUCCUGCUGGGGGCGCCAACAGGCUCUGGAAAAACCAUCGCUGCAGAGAUGGCCAUGUUCAGGGUCUUCAACCAGUAUCCAACCUCUAAGGUGGUGUAUAUUGCCCCCCUAAAAGCCCUGGUCAGAGAGAGGAUUGAGGACUGGAAGAUCAGGAUGGAGGAGAAACUGGGGAAGAAAGUGGUGGAGCUGACGGGUGAUGUGACCCCUGACAUGAGAGCUAUAGCACAGGCUGACCUCAUCGUCACCACACCGGAGAAAUGGGACGGAGUGAGCAGAAGCUGGCAGAACAGAAGCUACGUUCAGAAAGUGGCCAUUCUCAUCAUUGAUGAGAUCCACCUGCUCGGGGAGGACAGAGGUCCAGUGCUGGAGGUCAUCGUGUCCAGGACCAACUUCAUCUCCUCCCACACGUCUAAGGGCGUUCGAGUGGUGGGUCUGUCGACGGCUCUGGCCAACGCUCGAGACCUCGCUGACUGGCUGGGAAUCGGACAGGUGGGUCUGUUUAACUUCCGUCCGUCUGUUCGGCCCGUACCGCUGGAAGUUCACAUCCAUGGUUUCCCAGGACAGCACUACUGCCCUCGCAUGGCUACCAUGAACAAACCCACCUUCCAAGCGAUACGCAGCCAUUCCCCAGCCAAGCCAGUACUGAUCUUUGUCUCCUCACGACGGCAAACUCGACUGACCGCCCUGGACCUUAUCGCCUUCCUGGCCACGGAGGACAACCCCAAACAGUGGCUGCAUCAGGAUGAGAGAGAGAUAGAGGCAAUCAUCGCCACAAUCCGAGACUCCAACCUGAAGCUGACGCUGGCCUUUGGGAUCGGCAUGCAUCAUGCUGGCCUUCAUGAAAGAGACAGAAAAACAGUGGAGGAGCUGUUUGUUAAUUGCAAGAUCCAGGUUUUGAUCGCCACCAGCACUCUGGCCUGGGGGGUUAACUUCCCCGCUCACCUGGUGGUUGUCAAGGGAACCGAGUACUAUGAUGGCAAAUCCAGGCGUUACAUAGACUACCCGAUUACAGAUGUUCUGCAGAUGAUGGGACGAGCAGGUCGGCCUCAGUUCGAUGACCAGGGCAAAGCUGUUAUCCUCGUCCAUGACAUCAAGAAGGACUUUUACAAGAAGUUCCUCUAUGAGCCAUUCCCUGUGGAGUCCAGCCUCCUCAGCGUGAUGUCAGACCAUCUAAACGCUGAGAUAGCUGCAGGCACCAUCUCAUCAAAACAGGACGCCAUGGACUACAUCACCUGGACGUACUUCUUUAGACGACUGGUGAUGAACCCCAGUUAUUACAACCUGGAAGAUGUCAGCCAAGAAUCCAUCAACAAGUACCUGUCCACUCUGGUGGAGAGAAGCCUACGUGACCUGGAGUGUUCGUACUGCAUAGAGAUAAAAGAGGAUGACCGGACCAUUGAGCCACUGACUUACGGUCGCAUCGCCUCCUAUUACUACCUGAAACACCAAACCAUCCGCAUGUUUAAAGAGCGACUGAGGUCCGAGCUUCCCAUCCCCGAGCUGCUGUCCAUUCUGACGGAUGCAGAGGAGUACGCAGAGCUGCCCGUCAGACACAACGAGGACCAGCUGAACAGCCAGCUGGCUCAGCAGCUCCCCCUGCAGAUGAACCCCCACUCCUACGACAGCGCCCACACCAAGACCCACCUGCUGCUCCAGGCCCACUUUAGCCAUGCCCAGCUGCCAUGCAGCGACUACGGUACCGAUACCAAAACGGUGCUUGAUAACGCCAUCCGAAUCUGUCAGGCCAUGCUGGAUGUAGCUGCGAACGAGGGCUGGCUUGUUACAGCUCUCAGCAUCUGCAACCUGGUGCAGAUGCUUGUCCAGGGCCGCUGGCUGCACGACUCGUCAUUACUGACGCUGCCACACAUAGAACAACAGGACCUCUAUCUGUUCAGGAGAUGGGCAAACGUGAAGGGGAGGGGCAACGUGGGAAGCUUUAAUGGGCCAAUCGAAGGCCUGCCUGAGCUGAUUGCAGCCUGUGAUGGAAAGGAAAGUGUUUUCGCUUCUAUCGUCGGCCAAGAAUUUCAACCGAGUCACAUCGCUCAGGCCUGGUCCUUCCUGAGUCACCUGCCGGUCCUGGAGGUUCGGAUGAGCGUGAAGGGCUGGUGGGAGGAGAGUCGGGAGCAGACGGAGCGUCCCCUCCCCAGAGCUGGAGGGAACCUCAGGGAGGAGAGCAGCUGGCUCAGUGUCCACGCUGACCAGGAGUAUGUCCUACAGGUGUCACUGAGACGCAUCAACCAGGGACAACAGAGGAGGAAACAGGACAGUAAGGCCCAGGCUCCGAGGUUCCCCAAGCUGAAGGAUGAAGGCUGGUUCCUGGUCCUGGGGGAGGUGGACCGCAGGGAGCUGCUGGCUGUCAAACGGGUGGGAUACGUCCGUAACCGCACAGUUGUGUCUGUGGCCUUCUACACACCGGAGAAAACUGGAAAAUACAUCUACACCCUGUACAUGAUGAGUGACAGCUACCUGGGUCUGGAUCAGCAGUACGACGUCCACCUUAACGUAACGCCCGCUAGUAUCACAGCCCAGAUCAACACGGAGGUUUCUGACUCGGUAUCUGAGCUGUCAGUCAAAUGAGACGACUUUGAGCAGCAGCAGAACUGAUCUGAGCUCACUGUGUUAGACGUCACUGACCUGUGAUGUUCAGUGCAUUCCAAAGAUUAUUUUAGAAUGAAGAGUUGGAAUCGGUUGUUUUAUUUCUCUCCAUCUGGCCUUAUCGUGUUAUUCACAUGGAAGUGGCUGCAUCACAUUCUGGUCCGACGAGGCUACGUUAGUGCAGAAAUCGAUCCGAUCUGCGCCUCAUUUCACUGUGAUUUAGUCAUUGUUUUAAAGAAUUUAUAAGUCACGACAUGGAUAAUUUAGUGGACAGGUUACGUUUUUCUCACCUUUAUGUCAAGACUUAAACACAUCAUCAGCACUUACCAUCAGACACAAACUGCUGCCGUUUCAAUUUUGACCCAUGUUUCACUUCUGCUCAAAGUUUCCUAGU